CUGUUUAUGGUGCAUAUGAAUCCUAACCUUGGAUCUAGGUUGUUUCUUCUAGCCAAAAAGGCCGGAAUUAUGAGUGAAGGGUAUGCCUGGAUCAUCACUGACAGUAUGGGCAACUUCAUGAAUACUAUAGAUGAUGCUGUUAUUGAUUCCAUGGAAGGUGUGAUAGGCCUAAGGCCUUAUGUACCUAAGUCAAAAAAUUUAAACAGUUUCAAAACCAGAUGGAAAAAGAAUAUGGUGCUGAUGAGUAAUUCCAACCCUGAAACUUCAGCAGCGGAGUUGAAUGUCCAUGGUUUAUGGGCAUAUGAUACAAUUUGGGCGCUGGCAAUGGCAGUAGAAAAGAUUGGACCAAUCAGUCCCGCCUUCUUGGGGGCGCAUCCUGGCAUUAAUAAUGGAAAUGAAAUUUUUGACUUGAGAAUCUCCAGAUUUGGACCAGAACUUCUAGCUGAACUACAAAAUAUGACAUUUGAAGGCUUGAGUGGAGAGUUCCACUUGAUCAAUGGUCAGUUAAAUACAUCAACACUUGAGAUAUUCAACAUCUAUGAAACAGAAAGACCAAUUGGUUACUGGACCCCUGAUGGAGGCAUUACGCGAAAAUUAUCUUCAAAUGGCCGACAAACAUAUUCAACUAGUACUAAGGAGUUGAAGAAAAUUUUGUGGCCUGGAGAUUCAACAAAGAAGCCAAUAGGAUGGGCCAUUCCUUCAAUGAAGCUGAGAGUAGGAGUUCCUAAGAAAGAAGGUUUUACAGAAUUCAUCGAUGUUUCACAAGAUCCCCUGACAUACAAGACCACCAAUGUUACUGGUUAUUCAAUAGACAUUUUCUGUUCUGUGAUAAAGCGGUUGCCUUUCCAUAUAAAGCCUGAAUUCUAUGCUUUCACAAAUAAAAGCGGGUUUAGUAAUGGAACCUAUGACGAUCUUCUUUAUGCCAUACCAAACGAGACUUACGAUAUGGUUGUUGGGGACGUGACGAUUUUGGCUGAUCGAGCAAAAUAUGUUGAUUUCACUCUGCCAUAUUCUGAAGCAGGAACCGUUAUGGUGGUCAGAAACAGGAAACAAAGAGACAUAUGGAUCUUUGUUAAGCCAUUUAGUUGGGAUCUUUGGCUAUUAAUAUUUGGCACCUGCAUAUGUAUUGGCGUGGUCCUUCGAAUUCUGGAGAAUCGAGCAAACUGCCAAUCUGAUUUUAUAGGAUUGAAGAAACACAACCUUGGCUUUUCCUUUCCAAUUGCAUCUCUGGCCUUUCCUGAAAGAGAUCUGGUCUUAAAUAAAUGGUCGCGUUUUGUCAUGGUUGUGUGGCUGCUAAUGGCUUUCAUCCUGAUGCAAAGCUACACAGCAAAUUUGUCUGCAAUGUUUACAGUUGAUCAAUUAGACUACAGGUUUUCAAGUGAUGAGUGCAUCGGCGUCCAAAAGGAUAGCUUUGUGAGGAACUUUUUAAAGAAGCGUCUGAAUAUUAGUGAUAAAAAGAUCAGGGACUAUUCAACUAUUGAAGAAUAUCAUGAGGCCAUGAGAAUAGGGAGCAAAAAUGGAGGAAUUGAUGCUAUCUUUGAUGAAAUCCCUUACAUGAAGCUGUUUCUUGAUCAAUAUGGUUCAGAGUACAAAAUUGUUGGACAUACAUACAAGACAGAUGGAUUUGGAUUUGUAAGUAUGCUCUUCCUUCACCUCUAGGUAUUUAUCAGGAAAAAGAACAAGGCAGCAAACUCAUGAUGAAAUGCCUGUUGGAUUUAAUACACUGGAGUAGGUACCAAGCAAGAUUGAAAUCUUUCCUUUUUUUCUUUUCUUUUUUUUUUGUUUUUUUGGUCCAUAUUGAUGAAAUAUAAGUAUCAGAAUAUCGAACAAUGCAUGAACUAAAUCCUUAUGGUCCUGAAACAUUUGUAAGAUCUAGAUUAUGCCAAGAUUAAUUUGAACCAUCUUUUUUUUAUAGCUUUCUUUCCAAACUGAAAAGGAUGUUUUUCAUUUGCUUGGGAAUGUAUGCCUUCUUCUAGAUGUGCUGAGAAAUGAUUUUGCAUUAUUAUGUGCAACCCAGGCGUUUCCUUCAGGAUCUCCACUGGCAGCCUAUUUUUCAAGGGCAAUUCUAGAUUUCACAGAAAAUGGAAACUUCACUGAAAUUCAGGAGAAGUAUUUUGGACCUUCACAUUCCAGUGAUCCAAUCAAUUCAAUCAGCUCAGAGACACCAGAGUUGCGAUUUUACGAUUUUGGAGGAUUAUUUAUCAUAAUAGGCUCAGCAAUGCUACUGGCACUAUUCUGCUCAGAGACCACUGUUGGCCAAAGACUCACCGAUGCAGUUGCAGAUUACAGUAAAAAAUCUUUCUUCUUUCUACCGUCUCGAGAGAAUGACUCAAGAAUCGAUUCAACUGUGCAUCCUGAAGGUGGAAAUGGAGAUUCAUCUAGUGAUGAAGAACAUCAAGGUUCUGACAACAUUGAUCAAGAAUCUGCCCAAGGAGAUUCAAACCAUUUAGCUGGUGCUGAUCAAGUGACUGAGUCUGUGCAGGGAAAUACUAAAAAUGAAAUUCAGCUUUCUGAGCACAGGAAUGCCAAUGUUACAGAAGAAAAACCAAACCAAUAGUGAAAGCAUGGAUGUAAAAUAGGCUUGAAUUCAGAUUAGAUGAAUCAGGAAUGUAAAAUAGGUUUGAUCACUCAUGUGCAUAUUGUCAGUGUUUAUGGUCUGAACUUUGAAGUAAGUUUCUUAAUGAAACGUGUUUAAUAUAGUCCAUUGUAAAAAUAUGCAGAUUGUAAAAUAGGACCCUUUUAGCGAGUACCUUUUUUCUAGGAAAC